UUACUUGUAAGACAUUCAAAACCAGUUGAAUGAGUUUCUGCUGUCUCUUGGUGCCGCGGUGCAUUCUGGGUCGAGUCGAAGGAUUCAAGAUGGCGGCGAGCAGGAGACUACACAAGGAGCUUGAGGAAAUUCGCAAAUCUGGAAUGAAAAAUUUCCGGAACAUUCUAGUGGAUGACUCGAAUAUACUGACAUGGCAGGGCCUCAUUGUUCCAGACAAUCCUCCAUACGACAAAGGGGCAUUCAGGAUCGAGAUAAUUUUCCCUGCAGAAUACCCGUUCAAACCUCCAAAGAUCACGUUCAAGACGAAAAUCUACCACCCAAACAUUGACGAGAAAGGGCAGGUCUGUCUGCCUGUAAUUAGCGCAGAGAACUGGAAACCAGCCACCAAAACUGACCAAGUUAUUCAGUCGCUCAUCGCGCUGGUGAACGACCCACAGCCAGAGCAUCCCCUGAGGGCCGACUUAGCAGAAGAAUACUCAAAGGACCGUAAAAAAUUCUUUAAGAAUGCAGAAGAGUUUACAAAGAAACACGGUGAAAAGCGGCCUGUGGACUAAUGACACCCCACAAGUGUGUAGCCCCACUUCUCCAAAACAUAACACCGCCUCUACACUCUCCUCUUCCCUCUCUUUUCCUCACUUUCUCUCUCCUCCUCCUCCUCUUUCUCACUACACACACAUCAUUCUAGUCCAGCUGGAGAAUCGAGUCGCACUGCCGCCGCGACCUCCGUCGUAAAAGCGGCGCUCCGUGUGGAACCAUCACCAGUCUCUGUGCCUGGUGUUAGCUUGAAACAUUAGGAAAAAAAUCUGGAUUUGGUUGUGGGUUUUUUUUUUUUGUUUUUUGUUUUGAUUUUUUUUUUUUUAAAGCUUGUUAAGGAAAAGUGGUCAAGAAAUUGUAUGGUGGCAUCUCAGUAAUUAGCGCUGUGUGAUUGAUUCUGUCCUGAGUUAAAUGCUCGUUGCAGCAAUAUGCACUUCUAUAAUCUGGAGAAAGGUUGACUGAUUUAUUCAAAAAAUAAUUCUACAAAAGAAUGUGUUAAAUGUCAAUUAUUUUGUGUAGUUUUUUCCCCUUGUGUCAGUCUCACAUCUAUAUUCUUUUGAUUUUUACCUCUUAAAAACAUUUAAAAUAUUUGUAUAAUGGUUACACAGCUUGGAGGAAUGAGCUGAUCAUUUUUCAUCAGAUUUAUGUUUUGUGGGACCGUAUCUUAUCUGGUCCUAACACACCAUGGAUUUGCAGGUGCACUGUUUAGUCAUUAACAACCAAAAAAACCCAGACACUGAUCUUUAUUAUAUACUUUUUUCCCUCUGAACAUGAAUGAAGAAAGGAAGGAUUGCAUUUCUUGCGAUUUUAUGGUGACGUCUAAUUUUAAAACGACCCUUUUAUUUUAAACGUCUCGCAGAGAGUUCUUGUGUUUUGUUUAUUGUUUGGGUUUAGGGGUGUGUGUACAUUUAAACAAACAAAAAAACAGGAAACGGUGCCUCCAGAAUGGAGCAUUUAUUUUUGUUUAUUCAGAAUAAAGAUUAGUCGGCACCUCUUUAGAAUCGUAUUGGCGUUAUCGGCCUGCUGUGAUUUCAUCUCUCCUUUUACAUUUCUACCCAAUAUACUGGAUUUUACACUCAAUAGUACAGUAGAUGUUAAUGAUGCGACUUUUUUUUUAUUAUUGUUAUUCGUAGAGGCCUUUAAGGAAAGCUAUUGGUGGUUGAUGUAUUUGGAAAUAUUGUCUCUUGUCCCUUUAAAUCGCUAAACUCCCUUCAUACAGCAAGUAAUAUAAGCAAAGAUCAUGUUCAUGCAUUUGUUGUUUUACCGCCACUAUAUUAUAUUUUGUGUGUGGAAAUAGAAUAAACUGGCACAGUCAUGGGAAUGACGUUCUAUACUCUAGUAGCGGCUGACUCUGAUUGGUCACGCUGAGUGUGCUGACUCUCUGAUUGGUCAAUAGUUUUCCUAAUAAAUCCAGCUAACUUACAA